AUGGAAGAGCUAGGUUUCUCUGGUAGUAAAGGGGUUUCCCCAGUUGGUGUCUCGGGGCCGUUCUCAUUGUUCUCUGCCGAAGCCGUCCAUCAAAUGAGAAAGGGAGUUUUGAACCCGGAAAUGGGAAAGAAUGUCAAUUGCGAGGAUACGCAGCGGAGUGAGCCUAGCAUCCACAUUGGCCCAAUUAUGAGACAAGGUGUUGACAAUUUUAGAAGCCGUGCCCCGCUCGUUGAUAAUGCACCGAAAAGCCCUGAAACCCUAGAAAUUGUUUCAAUUAUCGCUGGAGUUAACCUUGUCACUGCUAUGGACUUUGAGAUUGGCCAUAUCAACUUCUCCAUGAGCAGCGAAGAAGAUUAA